GGUGCAUGCGCGCACGAGAGCUGCCUGCCUAUUAGCGUCGCCUCGAGGAUAUUGCAGGCUGCAGUCAGUCGCGAGCCGCCCGCUCGCUCGGCUAUACCGAACCUCCUCCCGUCCUCGUCCGCGGAGUCGCACUCACUUGCAAUUUCUUCAGGGACGUUGUAGCUGCGCAUCGUUCACCACCAACGUAUAUGUAUAUAUACACACACCACAUAAAAGCUCGAAUCAAAGGAAGGAUGUAGCUGUCUCUGUCCCCUUCCCUUUUCACAGCCUCGAGCGAGUCGCUGCCGAAUAAACGAUUUCUUUCUUGAUCACUGGCAAUCCACGUUAUUCAGGCCGGCCCAUUAACAAAAACAAAGUGUAACGUCCUCCGUUGAGCAGCGCAGCGCCGCGAGACUCACGAAUGGACGGCGCGAGUGAUAGUGUCGCCACCUGCCGGUUCGCCGGAAGCUAUCUAUCUUCCGACUGCGCGUACACGAAAACACAUUCAGUACUUGCUGUUUGCUUUGCAGAAUGUACCAAGCAGUUCGCCAGGAUUACUAAACACUCGCUGCACUACCUGAGGGAAUGUCAGCGAGUUCGAGUCAAGUACACAAACUUUGGCGGUCCACAACGGGACUGGACGAUGCUGGAAUGGAUUUGCGUGCGCUGCAGCGACCGGCUCAAUACCACACUGCCUAUACAAGUCCUCAGCUGCAACAGCAACAGCAGCAGCUCGACUCGAAUGUCAGCAAUCGUGUGGCAAGCAUCAAUGGACAGCAGCUGCCUGUACUCGUAGCUCUAUUUGCCAUUGCCGCUGCCAUUCUCUUUGCUUUUCUGAUUCUGUUAUGGCUGCGACAGCAAAUGUCGCGUGAGAAGGACGUGGAAGAGGGCGAUAGGCGUGGCUUGGUGGAGGAAGGCUCGGUCUGUCCACCAUCGGACGAUAUCAACAAAAUCUCCAAAGCAAAGUCUCUGACAGAAGCCAAAUGGGUGUCCGAGACUGCCCCGGCAAUUUCCGUAGUAGCUAGCGAAGCUACCACUUCUGAUAGCAUUACAACUGUCAAGUUUGAAAAAGUGAAAAUACGGUCGGAGACGCAGCGUAAAGCUCAAGAAGAAGCUCUCCCAUCGCGAGCGCAAUCGGAAACGACAACCACAGUAACGUCAGCCAAGAGUCACACCGAAACGCGAAUAAAGAUUCCUCACGCGGAAACAAGUAACAAUCAGUCGUCGACGAAAUUGCAAACGGAAACGCGAUGGGUACCGUCGCCGAUACCGCACGCAUCAACGUCGUGCGUAGCAAUGUCAGCAACGUCGAGUAUCCUCGAGAAACGUUCGCCCCGUCGGGACGGAAAUCGCCGUACUCAGUCGAUGUACUCGCAGCAUGUUUGGGCACUCGCCACACCGCAACGUACACCUCCACAUAAGAAAAGUCUGUUGGAACGUCGUGGUUCCAGCGCGAGUUUGACGAUUGACUUGGCACCGGCAUGUGAAGUACUGCAACAUCCAGUCACACCAACGCGCGAGUGCGCUGAAGAAUUUUUGCUCAGCGCUAGGAACGUACUGAGUAGAGCGCAACUGAGGAAGGUUGUAGAUAAUCCAGUAACUCUGCACAAAGAGUUCUGGGAGGUGCCGCAAAAUUUCCCUGAGAAAACUGAUGUUUGUGGGUCUGGAGUGAAGAAUCGCUACAAGAGCGUUUUGCCAAAUCCUCGGUCUAGGGUCAGGUUACCUGGUAGUGAUGAUCCGCUCACGAGUUAUAUCAAUGCCAAUUACGUUAGGGGCUAUGAAGACGACGCUCGAUACAUAGCGACGCAGGGACCUUUGACGCACACAAUUCAAGACUUUUGGAGUAUGGCGUGGGCAGAGAGAGCGCCGGUGAUCGUAAUGAUAACGCGACUUCACGAAGAGGCCAAGACUAAAUGUGAAGCUUAUUUUCCGUUGGAGUUGAACUCGCGAUUACAGAUUGGCCCAUUCACAAUCAUUGUCAAUGCCAUGGAUACAAGGGGUGGCUACACCGUUCGCGAUCUGGAGAUGAGAUUCCAAAACGAAAGGCGGGUUAUCCAGCAUUACUGGUACGAUUCGUGGCCAGAUCAUGCAGUGCCGCUGGCGGCGGAUGCAUUGGUUGGUUUAGCAGCGGAAAUCAACACAUUACCGGGGCCGAUAAUUGUGCAUUGUAGCGCGGGUAUCGGUAGGACUGGCUGUUUUAUUGCCCUUGCAAAUGGUAUGACGCAACUCGUGCGCGAGGGUAGUGUCGACAUUUUAGGAAUUCUGUGCCAAAUGAGGUAUGACAGAGGAGGAAUGGUCCAAACGGCAGAGCAAUACGAGUUCGUGCACAGAGCCCUCUGUUUGUUCGAGGAGACUUUGGACCGUCGCUGGUCAAAGGACGAGUCAUCUCGAAAAAAUAAAUCGAAGUAAGCUACGAUAAAUUUAAAUGCGAAUGAUUCACCAAGUGAAUCGCGUCGAGAAAAAGCAAACACAAAUAAAUUCUCUCUUAGACUUGGUCAUCUCCUAAGCUGCCAUUGUGAAUACUGCCAUGACAUGUAUCACGCGACUAUACUCCUCUAUAAUAUUAAAAAAUAAUUAUAAAUUAUUGACUCAGGGAAGCCGAUAAACUCGUUCUAUCCAGUUCCUAGGUGUGGAAACUUUCUCAUGAACCUUUGCGCUCGCCGUUGUUGUUACUACUUACUACUAUCGUCAUUGACCUCGCGCGGUCAUUAAAAAAUUGAGAAAAACAAAACAAACAAAAAAAUACACAAAUUGUAUAAUCACGCCGCCAACGAUUGUUUGUGCGUGUAUUCUAUUUAGUGGACAAGACUGAAUGAGCAUGACAAGUGUGUACACAGAAUUAUUUUAUAAUAUAUAAAAAUAAAAAACAAAAAAACAAAUUAUCGCCUAUGAAAAAACGACAAGCGAGAAAAGAUGAGUUCUAAUCAAAUUGAGACGUCGCCGUUGUCGCGACGAUUAAAUUAGAGUAAUAACGGUAAGAAUAAUUACGAUUGAUAAUAGUAAUAAUUAAUAUUUAACGAUAGCGCUCUAAUCAUUAUUCCCUUUAAACGAGAGUAGUUGCAGAGGAAAGAUAUAUACAUACGUAAACGUGAAUAUAUAUAUAUAUAUAUCCAAUUUUUUCUCAGACACAAAAAAAGUAAUACAGAGAAACCUAAGUGUAUAACGUUCAGGUUUAACGUCCACUGUGUUCAAUUUCGACGCUAGGCCGACGAAUCUUCUAAAUUAUACAUAUGAAUUAUCGAUUUAACGCGUAUACGCUUGCGAUUUUUGAAUUGAUAUUCCUUUACCUUCCCUGUCUUUCCCUCGGGCAUUUUAUUUUUUGAUUUUUUUUUCUAAUUUGUCGAUUAUAAUUGCCCGGUACGAUACCCCAAUGUGCCUAAAAGAACGAUGAGAAAAAAUGUAUUAUGACAUUAAUCAAAACACGUCUCGAUCAAAAAAAAACUUGCACGUUGACUUUUUUUGUUCGUCGUAUUGUACAAACCGAUACACAUACACUCGAGCUAAAAAAGUUAAUGUCUAUUUAUAUAUACAUGUUUUUUGUAUAAUGGGGUUUUUCCGUCUUCUUCCCUUCUCAUUUCUGUCAGAUUUCCUGCAUAUUCAUGCGAGUGGACCUGGCGUUGAUAAUAUAUUUAUCGUGUAUGAUAAUGUACAAAAAAAGAAGCGAAAAGAAUAAGAAUGAGGAAAAUAUGUCGAGCGGCAUGUGAACGUACUAAUAUAUUUUUUUCCUUGUAUGAUGCUUAAUUAUCGUUUCUGCAAAAAAAACAAAAGGAAUAAUGAGAAUUAUUAACUUUUUUGUAAAUCAAAUUUUUAUAAGUCGUUGUAGCCAGAUUUUUAUGAUUAUUACCGAUUGUUAACGCAUAAUUAUGAUUAUUGUUUUUAUAAAAUCAUUUUUUAUAGGUAAAACUUUUCUUUACUCAUUAGUCUGUUAUUAUUAGUUCAUAUCACUGUUUGUAUUUACUAUAUUUUACACGGUAAAAGAGUAGACAAGAGUUUUCUCUUUUAUUUAUAUUGUGCGGCGUGACGUUGUUUUUCGACUAUUUAGUAUAAAAGUGUGAAUUCGUAGAUUGUAAAAAGUAGAGAAAGGUGAAAAAUCACAUUAAGCGACUUCAAAAAAAUAGUUAGGAAUGAUCGAGAAACAAACGUCACGCCGCUAAUUGUUGCGAUACGAAUCUCAUUUUCAGAUUUUAUAUAUAGUUUGUUUGCGCACAGUAGCUUGCCAUUAAUCAUGUAUUGUGACGGUGUGUUAAAUAAAUUAAUUAAGUGACAUCGUUAACACGUUGUCCGUCGAUACGAAGUUCAUCGACGCUUCGAUCUGCUACUUACUAAAAACGUGCGCAAAAUCAAGAAUGCGACAAAUCGAAUUGAAUACAGGUUUUUACUGCGAGCGAGGAUCAAGUGCAUGUCAACGAGUAAAAAUUUCAACUUAUUCUUCUACUCAAUAAAGAUGCUUGACAUUCUAAUAUUUUAUCAUUAGAAAACAAUAACAUCCAAAAUUAUUCUCUAUAAAUAACUGUGUCAAUCAAUAUUAAGCAACUUAUGCUAACUAAUCCAAUAAUCAGAGAUGUGAUUAACAAUCAUCUAGCAGGACUGAAUUCCAAGGCUGAAUCUACUAAUUGUCAAUCACUUCAACUCUCACAAUACUAGGUAGUAGAUUACAGAGCAUGAAUAUGACAUGGUUUCAACCAAGUGACAGACUAUAUUCAUUUAAAUUACUAUAUAAUCUAUAAAAUAUUUAUGAUCAUAUAAAUAGAGAGGAAGACAUAGAAAGAUAGCUUAUAACAAUAGGAGGAGAUAAUUUUAGAACUAUUUAUGAUCGAGUUGAAGUGAUUGGCAAUUAGUUGAUUCACUUUUAGAAUUAGUUAGCAUUAGUUUUCUCAUUUAAUUUGGUUUUUCUCUUACUUCAUUUCGCGCUUUCGUAUACGUUUUCAACCAAGCGAUGCGCAGGCUUUGCAGCACUUGUUAAUCGAGUAGCAGAUCGUGGCGGUGGUUAGCCUUGCAUCGAUGGACAAUUUUUUAACGUGUUAAUUAAUUUGUUUAACCCACCGUUAUAGUGGCGCCCAAAGUUGGCAGCCUCUGUAAGGAUAGAUAAAUUAUUAUUAUUAUUAUUAUUAUUUAUUUAUUUUAAAAGAAGUAUUUAUGACCGAAAUUUCGCCAUCUUACAGAGAUUAGUAUUCUCUUGAUUUCGUAGUGCAAACACACGCGAAUGUCGAAUGUGGUAUGGAGUAUGAAAGCUGUCGUGUCGCCUUGAAAAUAAUAGCGUUUAGCAAAGCGGCUGUAUAGAUGGAAAUGGGAGCGGUAACAAUAAUUAUAGCGACCCCUUGGUGUUCAAUUGUAUUCGAAUGACGUAAAUAAAUGUUUACAAUGUCUAUGAAUCCUGAAAAUUUUGAUUUCUUUUUUAUACCUACAAUUUUGAAUUAAUUUUAAGAUUCCACCUCAUCAAAAAGAUACAGGCAAAUAAGUCUGCAAUUGCAACAAUCUCAAAUCACUAAUUAGAGGAAUGUAUAAUUUUUGAAAAAAUAUCGAAGAAGUGAUUCAAAAUUUUUAA